AUGGCGAGUGGUAAUCCUGAUAUGGAGCUCGAUGAGGCCACCAUAAACACUCUUUGUAAUGUAAUUUACAGCUCUCAAAUACAGCUACUUGAUGGGAAUCCAGUUGACGGGGUUGAAAUUCUCCAUGGGGGUGUUUUUGCGUUGCCCUGUGCCCCCGGUUUGGUCUUCAAGAUAUCGAAUGACCCCAAGGGAUCUGACCUGCUAAGUCGCUGGUCCAAUGUCCAGCGAGUUGCUGAAAUACUGAAAACCCCCCAAUUUAACUUGCUUGCUCUACCCCGGCAGAUUCUCAUUGGUCUGCAAAUCGGUGAAGAAGAGUAUUGUGUCAUCGUCGAGCAACGACUGCGACUGACUAACAACUUCUUGGUACACAAGGGACUUUAUGAAUCGCUCGGUGCACACCUUGAACCGGCACUGCGACAGCUCGUGGCCUUCAUUAUCACCAGCGGUUUUUGUGGGGUGGAUUUUCGACACGUUCCGAUUCUCAACGAGGAGCUGCCGUAUGAGCUGGCGCCUGGGAACAUCCCGAAUAUUGGACUGGUGGACGUCAGCGAUUGUGGCGACGUCCCGGGAGAGGCCGCCCAACAGAUUUACCAUGAGGCUUUCUUUGGAAAAGGUCCAACUAUGCGGGGCCUGUUUCGAUGUAUCGCUCCAGAGCAAUCUGAACUGGUUAGAGAAAUAUCGAAGCAUCGGGUAACGCUCGACCUACCGGCCUAUUAUGAGGCUUGGAAAGACCGCUGUCAUGAUUUGGAAGAGGCUCAUCGCAAUCUUAGACUCGUCAACGCCGAGGACGCCUACGAAGGCAGAGCCAAGAGCAUCUUUAAAACUGUUGCGAAGUUCCUAUUCGUGGCUAUUCCGCCAACCUUGAGGGUUAUCACCGAUCCUCUUGACGCCUUCGAUGAGGAACAGCAACUAUUCAUGGCACCUCGGCGAUUCAAGGUUGGACCAUUUCAUCAAUCAGAUCUUAUUUUGCGUGGCGUCAUGGUAUUGGACCCGAAGACUAGAUCGCUGGCAGCGCUGAGCAUGUCGAUCCAAGGGAACAUCGCAUCCUCAUUAGCAGAUACUACAUCCCUUCGCAAGCGCUUAGAUCAAAUCUGCUGCACCAAGCUGAUGAAUCUAGAGCACACACCAGAAAAGAGCAAAACAAAACUUGAAAAGCUGCCGGUUAAAUAG